ACCACACUCUUCACCUUAACACACAACGUUGGGGCGAUCAUACCAGACGCAAAAAUGAACAUAUUUCUGCAGUUUCUCGCCGUUUCGCACGUUUUAGCGUGUGCAGGAGUUUCGGGACUUGAACACGCGGAUGAAUGGGACCCGGACAACGUGCCGGGAACCACGUUUGAUUUUUCCAUCCUGGUGAAACCGCGGACUGAGGAGUGUUUCUUCCAAUACGCGAGGGUGGGCGCCAAGAUGUACGUGGAGUUCAGGGUAGUGAAGGGAGGCCUGGCUGAUGAGCGUUUCAUCAACUUCAUGAUCCACCGCCCCGGACCCGCACCCCCGCUGGCCAGGAAGUUUGUAACGGAAGCGUACUCAGACACGUAUGAUAUUGAGAAAAAAGGAGUGUACCAGAUCUGUCUGUCCAACCCCCACACCAAGUUCUACACCAAGUUGGUGUACCUGUUCGUGUCUGUGUACUACAAGGACGAGUGGGAGAAAUUCGCAAAGGAUGAGUUCGAGUACGUCGUGUCAGUCAGAAAUGUCACGACGACGAUGAGCCAGGUUGACUACAAGGUCCAUCUGAUGAGACAGCACCAGGCUCACAACAGACAGUUUGUUGCCCGUGACUUCUACCUGAUCGAGUCUAACAGGAAGUAUGUGGAUAACUGGUCUCUCCUACAGUGUGCUGUGAUCGUGGGGACAUCUCUGUUUCAGGUCUACUUUGUGAAGAACCUUUUCAACACCAAGUCAGUGACACCAACUAACAAACCAAGAUGCUAAAAAAAAAACAUUAGCCAGAAAAACAUAACACUUUCUAAUUUACAGACACAAACUAUGUUUCCAAUACUUUGGAGAUAUUAUACAUAAUACAUAUGUACAUAUUUUAUA